CUAUUUCCAGUCAAAAAAUCUGGGAAAAAAUAGAGUUGGUAUUUAGUGUAGCUCUUAGUUAGUGCCUUAUUAUACAUAUGGUCCUCAGUGAGUAUACUUAUUGUGUCAUCAGUCGUUGUGCUGAGAAAAUUAUUCCUUGAUCACUACUGGGUACUGAGAAUACAGAGUUUGAAAAGGAAAAAAAAAAAAGGCUCGUAAUUCCAAAUUUGUGCCCAUUUUGAUGCCAAGUUAUAGAAAGCUCUGCACGCAUGAUCGUGACAAUAACUAGCGAAAAUGAGGAAGCAUGCGUCGGCCAAUUUGCUGUCCAUUGUCAUGAUGCGCACGCAUGCAACAUGUAAAGUCCAUCCUGCUUAAUGCCUUAGAUAAACAAGCAAUUCAACUUUCUAACAUGUCAAGGCAUUGGAAUAAAAGCUGAUAUUCAUACCUUUAACCUUGAAUAUUCAACUUUCUUGCCUUAUUUUAUUAGGAAUCGGUGGCAUAAAGUCCAGUAAUAUUGGACAUGACAUUCGUGCUGUUUUCUUCAUUUGGUUGCUAACCACAAAAAUGGCAUUCAUGGCAUUCGGCUUUAAAUCAUCAGCAAGUUUAGAAAGCAUAAUCUACAUUCAGAUCUCCUGUAGGAAAAGAUGCAGCAAAUGAACUAUUUUCACGAAAAUGUUAUUUUAUACAAUAGAUCAUUGCCCCUCAUUGUGCGGGGGCCUGAGGUAAUUAUACUGUUCAGACGAACUUUGGCAGACAAAAAUAUGUGGUUUCCAGGUGGACAAGCAACGGAAUAUCCUCCCAUCUGAAUCAGUGGGUGGGAAGAAGCAGUAUAGUUCCAUUAUCAUAAUAGUUGUCAGUUGAUAGCUACAUCUUCCACCAAGCAGGCAUGAACCUGUCGCUUGUCUUCAACAUUUCUUGUUUUCAAACUCAAAAUGGCAAGGAAAAGGAAAACAUGCCUACAUGUCCUUAGGAGGACCAGUGAUCUCUGGGUUCAGUUGAUCAUCGAAGCUCUGAGCAACAUGACAGUACAGAAAAUAUUUCUUGGCCUACUGGCAAACAACAAAAUUCCAUCCCAUGAAGGGAGUGACGCAUCACUGAAACAGGCUGAAGAAUCACCCAUUAUAGCUCUGAAAUGCUACGUUGGGGUUAUAACAUCAAAUCAAACCUUGAAAUCGUAUAGCUAAACUUCGUAAUGGAUUGAGCUGAAAAGCCCAUGGAGAUUGAUCAUCAUUUGUAUGAAUUUGGAUCCGUCCAAUAUCACAUCCAGUCUUCAGCAUCAGACCCACAUCACACUUACUUGUCAAUAUCCACCCCACUACUGUCCCAAGGUGCCCUGCUAUCAGAUAGGCUCUCGCAUGCCACUAUAGAGAUGAUAAAGGGAGUUGGUUCUAAUGCUGUUGAUAUUGUUGAACCAGCAAAAGAAGGAUACCAUCUUACUCUAAGACUCAACUUCAGUAAAAUUCCACGUGACAAAGACUCUGUACAGGUAAUAACGCAGAUCUCUGCAGUGCAAGCAGUAAUAAUAAGUUCUCAGCUGAAAGAAAUGUUGCAGAAUGUCAAUUCCCAGGUUACACUUCAUGGGAUGCACAAACCUAUCAAACUAGUCUAUCACCCAAGAGAGCCGUUCUUUGUCAUCAGACAGCCACAAAAAAUCAUAGCAGUAUUUCCAAUGCGUUUCAAAGAAAAUUCGGAUGUCAUUAUUGCGACAGCCUUCUUUCAGGAACUUAUGGAUGUGGGAAGCUCUCAAGAAUGGGCUAAAGCACCUCCUUGCAUCUGGUCACCCAUUCCUCCUCCAGAACUGAGAGGAGAAACUUUUGAAGAUUUGAGCACCAAUGGAGGAUUUGUUUCUUUUGAUAUUUAUUCACGCCAUGUUGAGGGCGAAAGACUAGAUAAGACUGUAUGGAGUCUAUUGAACUUCUAUGCCUACGUUAAAUCCCACGUAAAAUGCACCAGAGGUUUUGUUCAACGCAGGAUGAGAAAGCGUUUGGAAAGUUUGGUUAAGGUCCUGCAGAAGGUAAGCUCAGAAGAAGAAUUAGAAGAAGAAGAAGAAGAAGAAAAAUUUGGAAAAGAUAAAGAUGUAGGGUGUAAUUAUAUGAGAAAACUGGUCAGCUUAUCGAAUUCUAAAAUCCUCAAACGAAGACAUGGCGUCUUAAGCAGGAAGAUCAAGAGAAUCCGUUUCAGAAUCAAAAUCCAUGGAUUCGGGCGUUUUCGUCGACGAUGGUUGAGAUUCCCAAAGUUUUCUUCUUCAAUGGGAUAUACCAAAUUAGAUUAAAGUUUUCCAAAAGUUUGUAUGUCCCAGUGUAUGAUUGCAUGCAGUUGGGACAUUGAAUCAGAGCCAUAUAUGGACUUCUACAACUCCAUUGAGUCCCACAAUUUAAAUGCUUCACAUCAUCAAUACAAAGCAACCUGCGUUCCUAAAA